AUGUCUAAUAGCAUUAAUAUUAUUUAAUAACCUUUUAAAGGAGACACUGUUUUUUUAAUGGGAAAUGAAGGAUAAGGAUUAUUAGAUUGUCACAAAAAUAUUUGCGAUCAGUUUGUUUAUAUCCCUUAAUAUACAAAUAAAACAGCUAGUUUAAAUGUGGCUUGUGCUGCCUCAAUUGUUUUUCAUCAUUGGGCUAUGUGGGCUUAGUAUGAAGAAUGCUAACUUUUUGGGGAAAAGUUCUAGCAGGUUAAUAGUGAUAAUAAUAAGGAUGUGAUGGUUUUGGAAGGAAAGAAUGUAUUAUAAUAAGAUGAAGAAGAGGAAGAAAAAAAAGAUAAUGAUGAAGUUGAUAAAUAGCUUUUUUAAUGA